ACACGAUUAUUUAUGAGAAUUUAGAUUAAAGGGAGAUACUCUGAUCCACACUCCAGCAUAGUAGAUGGCGAUAAUACAUCUUAACGUUAGAUGUCACCCGCCAAUAAAAUCAGAAGAAGAAGAAGAACCACACUCCAUACCAGUAAGUGGCGGUAAUUCUACUAACAGUUUGUUGCCAACCGACAAGAAGAAGGCGGUGAAACCUACAGACAGCAGAAAGAAGAGCUCUGCACAACCCAGUCUCAAUGCAGUAAGAAGGCAAGAUGAUCCAAGUGAACGACUGCCGCUUUGAAAAGACCGCCAGAAAAACUUUGAAAACCAGCGGUUUGGACUUCAAUGGCUUUGUGCAAGUUGUUCAAAAGACAUUUUCUGUCCUUUCAAAUGAGACAUUUGUGUUGACAACAACUGACAGAAUAAUAGUGGAUGCUGAUAAAUUUGAUAAACUGAAAGAUGGCACCACCCUCUAUCUGCUACGAAAACCAAACCAAGUCCUGCCAGCUUCAAUAGAAGAAGAGAUAAACUUCAUUCCUCACUACAACACACUGAUUGAAAGUGGGACAGAUGAGUACUUUAUUGAGGGCCAGAAAUCCCUGCCUUCCGCUCUUGCUCAGCUGGUGGACAAUGCUCUUUCAGCCACAGCAAAAAACACUGGAGUCAGGAGUAUAGAGAUAAGGAUGCUUUUUGACAAAACAUGUGGGAAGUCUGCUGUCGUUGUGUUGGACAAUGGAUGCGGGAUGACCUCCAAGCAGCUCAAUAACUGGGCCAUUUACAGACUCUCUAAGUUCACAAGGGAAAACAGCACAUCUGAAAGUGAAAGAGAGGGUUACACUCGUCCUGAACCUGUACGUUGCAGUCUCAACAGCGAUAUAUCCUACUUUGGAGUUGGGGGUAAACAAGCAGCGUUCCACAUUGGAAACUCAGUCAGAAUGAUCACCAAACCAAGAAACUCUCCAGAUGUUCAUGAGCUGGUUCUAUCAAAGGACGAGUUUGAGAAAAAAGAGAAGAACAAAGAGGAUGUUUACAAAGGGACCAUCUUAAACAGGAAGCCUGGUGACUUCUCGCACAUAACACACGAGGAGAGUUACCUUCAAGACAUCAUCAAGGAGGAAACCAGGAAGGAAAGCUUCACUGCUGUUGUUAUAACAGGAGUCUGUCCUGAUCACAUCAAAUAUCUAAAAGAUGAUUUUCAUGAGUGGACCAGACAGCUAGCGCACAUUUAUCAUUAUUACAUUCAUGGAGUCGACGGAAACCACAAAAUGGACCAGUCUCAAAAAUCAGAUGCCAGUCCAAAAAUUGAUAUUCUGGUAACUUUGCGAGAGAAACCUCCUGCAGGUUUGCGUCAGAAGAAUCUGAGAGAAGUGCAGGAUGACUUGCAGACCCUGUACAUAAACUCAGCUGUAGACACAUUUGAGUUCAAGGCCACCACUUCCGACGGCGGCUCCUUGGACGGAAUCCUGAGAUAUCAUCCAUUUCUUUACGACAAGGAGACCUACCCCAAAGAUCCCAGUGCUCCUCAAGUAUCUGUUGAGGAAGAUGAUGAUGAGAAUCAGUCCGGAACCAUGAAUCGGGCCAGAGGGAAGAGGGACAUCUUUGAGUGUUUCUGGAAUGGACGACUUAUCCCUUACACCACAAUUUCUGAGUUCGAUUGGUGCCGUUGGCCCAAUAAAAGUACAUUGCCCCUGGAGUGUUUCAGCCGCUUCUCUGGGGUGCUUUUCACCAACGACAAAUUCCGGGUCAAUGCCAGCAAACAGAAGUUUAUGGACUUGGAGCUGAAACUGAGGCACAGGGAUACCCACUUCACCCCUGUUUUUAACGUUCAGAAAGCCUCAAAAAAUCGAAACAUCCAGAAAGAUUUCAUGCAGUGGCUUGAAAAAUGUCACAGUCAGUUUGAUAAGCAGGUAAAGUUCCUCGGCUAUUCGAAGACUGUGACACGAACUGAUGUGCCCACUAAGAAGUUGCAGCAUCCCUGGGCGGUGUUCUCUGCUAUUGAAUUGGAUGGCAAAACAUACAAAGCAGGGGAUCUGGUGAAAUCUCAGAGAACUCAGCCGAUUUAUUACGGCAAAGUGAAUACAUUUUUCCUGUAUGGAGACCAUGAAGGAAAUGUUUUUGCCACCGGCGGAGAAGUGGAAAUCACACGUGUGCCAGAGGCGCUUUAUGACAAUUACACCAGGACUAUACCCAUCUCCAAGAUUGACCGGUCUGCUACAAUUGAAAGCAUUAAGAGAAACAUCGAGAGCGACAUUGACAAGUUGCCAGAAAAGCUGUGCGUCACGUGGCCUGAAGGGAAUGCUUUGCCACAAAAUGCUGUUAUUUCCGCUGGGACUCCUUUAGCGUGCAAGACGCUGUUUGGAAAGGGCCUGCCCCUUGCGGGGCCCUGCAUAACAAACAAACAGACUAUCAGACUGCCGCAGAGAAGCCGUGAGUCUGACAUACGCCUCCAGUGCCCGAACAGGGCAGAGAGGUUCAUCAGGCCCACCAGUGUCAAAGCGAGCAAGCUGGAGGGGCACAGAGUGGCUCGCAGAUGA